AGCCUCAGCCCCAGCGCCCCGGCUCCCCGCGCCCCCGAUCGGGGCUGCCGCCAGCGGUGGCGGUGGCGGAGGCGGGGGCAGCAGCGGUGGCGGCGGAGGCGCCUCUGCAGCUCCGGCUCCCCCUGGCCUCUCGGGAACUACAAGUCCCAGGGGGCCUGGGGGCGGCCGGCGGCCGGAAGAGGCGGGAUCAGCACCGCGAGGCAGGAAGUGGCCGUGGAGGCGGAAGUGGCGCGGCCGCGGAGGGGCUUGGAGCGCGGUGGCGGGACCCGGAGCGGCGGCGGCUGCAGCUGGGGCUAGCGGCGGCGGCGCGGUGGAGGCGGCCAUGGCAAAGCAGUACGACUCGGUUGAGUGCCCCUUUUGUGAUGAGGUGACCAAAUACGAGAAGCUUGCCAAGAUCGGCCAAGGGACCUUCGGGGAGGUGUUUAAGGCCAAACAUCGCAAGACCGGCCAGAAGGUGGCAUUGAAGAAGGUGCUGAUGGAGAACGAGAAGGAGGGGUUCCCCAUCACAGCCUUGCGAGAAAUCAAGAUUCUCCAGCUUCUCAAACAUGAGAAUGUGGUCAACCUGAUUGAAAUUUGUCGAACCAAAGCUUCCCCGUAUAACCGCUGCAAGGGCAGCAUAUACUUGGUGUUCGACUUCUGUGAGCACGACCUUGCGGGGCUGCUCAGCAAUGUCCUAGUCAAGUUCACGCUGUCUGAGAUCAAGAGGGUGAUGCAAAUGCUGCUCAACGGCCUCUACUACAUCCACAGGAACAAGAUCCUGCACAGGGACAUGAAGGCCGCCAAUGUGCUCAUCACUCGGGACGGGGUCCUGAAGCUGGCAGACUUUGGGCUGGCCCGGGCCUUCAGCCUGGCCAAGAACACCCAGCCCAACCGCUACACCAACCGUGUGGUGACUCUCUGGUACCGGCCCCCGGAGCUGCUGCUCGGGGAGCGGGACUACGGUCCGCCCAUUGACCUGUGGGGCGCAGGGUGCAUCAUGGCUGAGAUGUGGACCCGCAGCCCCAUCAUGCAGGGCAACACGGAGCAGCACCAGCUUGCCCUCAUCAGCCAGCUCUGUGGCUCCAUCACCCCCGAGGUGUGGCCAAAUGUGGACAAGUACGAGCUGUUUGAGAAGCUGGACCUGGUCAAGGGCCAGAAGCGGAAGGUGAAAGACAGGCUGAAGGCCUACGUGCGAGACCCGUAUGCCCUGGACCUCAUUGACAAGCUGCUGGUCCUGGACCCUGCGCAGCGCAUCGACAGUGAUGACGCCCUCAACCACGACUUCUUCUGGUCUGACCCCAUGCCCUCGGACCUCAAGGGCAUGCUGUCCACCCACCUGACGUCCAUGUUCGAGUACCUGGCUCCGCCACGCCGGAAGGGCAGCCAGAUCACCCAGCAGACUACCAACCAGAGCCGCAACCCGGCCGCCACCAACCAGACAGAGUUCGAGCGCGUCUUCUGACAGCUGGGCCUCCCGCCCUUAGUGCCGUUCUUUUACUUCUGCUAUGUGACUUGCAUUGUGGAGACCGUAGGGCAUUUCAGUUCUUUACCAUGUUUUAUUUAAUCCCUGCCAGGGCACCAAAAGCAACUGGCUGAGCAGACUGAAGUGGCGCCGUGGCUGAAGGCCAGGGGGCCGCAGGGGUCCUGUGCCCCAUUGCUGGGUCUCCGGUCACCUUAGGACAGGAAGUGAGGCCGGAGAGAUUCGCCGAGCAGUGACUUCCUCAGAGCUGCGGUGUGACAGGAGGAGGGGACGGGCCCCUCGCUGUCCCCAGCCGUCCUUGCGAUGAUGAGAGAUGUGUGAGGAGCAGAGCUGGCCUCGGGGACCUUCUGCCCUUGGCCCGGGCCUCGGGAGCACCGGGGCCAACGAGGGCUCUUGGUUUCUUCAGUAGGAGAAUUUUAUCUUGUUUUUGCCUCCAUUGUUCAGAGACAUUCCUGGUGAAGUUCGGUCAGUUAUAAUUAAAAGUUGACUCUUCUUUUUCCUUCUUC